AUGGUUGGUACCAAACACUGUAAAUGUUGGGGUGAGUGUAAGACAGACUUAAGAUAUGCAGAUAAAUGGCCAAAAUCAGUCAAAGAGUUAGAGGAAUCGGGGAAGAAAGUAUUCAUUCCUUUCCCAAAACCUUCGCGGGACAUGGCAAAGUGCAAACGUUGGCUAGUGGCUUGUUCGCUUAAUUUUUUUACAGAUAAAAACAUAACAAGAAACACUUAUAUUUGUGCUCUGCACUGGCCCAGCAAAAAAGGUCCAACAGCCGAAUUUCCCGAUCCACUGAAGGCAAAUCUCAGACCAGCGGAAGUAAGUCGAGGACAUGCUUUAAAGAGAAAAGCACCGAAAGAAAGAGAAAAUCCAGUGUCAAAGAAACAGAAAUUAUUCAAUGACAACUACGAGGAACAAUUAUUUAACGAUAUUACAGUUUCUGAUGAUCAUGAUCAGGAGUCACAAGAAGUUGAACAGACAGUCGACAAAAGCAGUUUUAUUGAUGAAGAAUGUGUUGAUGAGGAAUGUGCCGUGAUUGAUACAUACAUUAACGUUAACCCUUCAGGAAAGCUGGUUUCUGAUCAAGGCUCUCAGACUAUAUAUUCAAAAUGCGAAUUGUCUGCAAAGGUCGAAACUAUGAUUUUGAAAAACGACGUCUCUACAACGCAGUUACAGGGUCCUAAAAUAUCGUGCAAGAUGUAGCUCCAUGAAACACUUCACUGGCCUCAAGCCUUCCCAGUUUGAAGUUUUGCAUGAUUUUCUUGACGAUGUUUGCCCUUUAGAGACAAUCAACUACUGGAAAAGCAAAGAUUGCCCAGCAAUGGAGAAUACAAGAACUGGCCCAAAAGCGGAUUUUUUAUCAAGAGAAAAACUUUUCAUUUGCUUCUGGUACUAAAAAGGGGUUUUACUCUCAAGACUAUUGCAGCUCAUCUUAGUACCCCAAACAGGAAAAUUAACUUUUCCUAUAUUGGAAAGAUUUUUAUAACAUAUAUUCAGUUGAUGUAUGUAAUUUUUAGAGACAUGCAAAACUUUGUUUCCAGAGAGAGCCCAAUUUAGCAGGUUCCUCCCUAAGGUAUUCAAAACCAUGACCAACAUACGCUGUAUUGUUGAUUGUACUGAAUUUAGAAUGGAAUGCUACAGGAAUUAUGCCAGUCAAGGAAACACUUUCUCUUGCUAUAAGCAGACCAACACAUUUAAGUGUCUCAUUACUGUAACCCCCAGUGGUGGAGCAUGUUUUGUUUCUGAUUUGUUCGAGGGUGAUAUUGAUGAUGUUCGCAUCUUUAAGGAAAGUGGCCUUUUGAAACACCUGAAACCAUAUGACUUAGUUUUGGCAGAUCGUGGUUUCACUGUGCAUGAUCUCUUAAAUCCUCUCCAAUUACAAUUAAAAAUCCCAUUUUUAAAAGGUAGAAAAAGUUUUAGUGCUCCAGAGGAAUUUGAAACACGUCGCAUUGCAAAAGCUAGGAUUCAUGUAGAGCGUUUCAAUGAACGCUUAAAGCAGUUCAAACUAGUCAGCAGAAGAAUACCUUUGUCUCUUGCUCCUGUCGCAACUCAAAUGGUAGUAGUUGCUGCAUGCCUUGUCAAUUUUCAGGCGUUCCUUUGUAAGUAGACUUAAUAUUUUAACUUAAAUUUCCAAGGCUCUAACUAAUGGAUAUAUGGCAGGCCAUCAGCUUCAAAUGUUAAUUUUUAAAAAUGUUUUUAAAACUCAAAGAGACUUCAUUUUUACAUGUAGCAGGAACAAGAAUUUGAUUUGAAUAUGACGACUGCACAAGCUGCAAGUCAAUGAAUGAAACUACAUAAGUUUUUUCUAUAAAAAAUCAGUCUCAGCUUACACUUUCUAAUGGCCAUUUCUCUGUCUAACCAUCAGAAAAUUGACAUGCCUUCACUACAAAGAAAUACAAUGAUAUAAACAUGAAAACAUUAACUGCUAACUGAGAAUAAACCUACUUACGAUUAUCCUACGACUGUACAUUUUUUGUCACUUUCAUCAACCAAGAUUCAAACACUAAGCGAACAAAGAAUAAUGAUGUCUACAAGUGUCCUUUUAAAGGCCCAGAAAUGCUAUUUCAGAGACCCACGAUAUAAAAAUUUCCCGGAGGAGCAUUCCCCCGGACUCCCUAAAACUUCGUGACUUUGGCGCUCGUGGUGGGCCCCCCCAAUAAUUUUAACCCUGCUACGGCACUGAAGACAGACUUAAGAUAUGCAGAUAAAUGGCCAAAAUCAGUCAAAGAGUUAGAGCAAUCGGGGAAGAAAGUAUUCAUUCCUUUCCCAAAAACUUCGCGGGACAUGGCAAAGUGCAAGCGUUGGCUAGUGGCUUGUUCGCGUGAAUUUUUUACAGAUAAAAACAUAACAAGAAACACUUAUAUUUGUGCUCUGCACUGGCCCAGCAAAAAAGGUCCAACAGCCGAAUUUCCCGAUCCACUGAAGGCAAAUCUUAGACCAGCGCAAGUAAGUCGAGGACAUGCUUCAAAGAGAAAAGCACCAAAAGAAAGAGAAAAUCCAGUAUCAAAGAAACAGAAAUUAUUCAAUGACAACUACGAGGAACAAUUAUUUAACGAUAUUACAUUUUCUGAUGAUCAUGAUCAGGAGUCACAAAAAGUUGAACAGACAGUCGACAAAAGCAGUUUUAUUGAUGAAGAAUGUGUUGAUGAGGAAUGUGCCAUGAUUGAUACAUACAUUUACGUUAACCCUUCAGGAAAGCUGGUUUCUGAUCAAGGCUCUCAGACUAUAUAUUCAAAAUGCGAAUUGUCUGCAAAGGUCGAAACUAUGAUUUUGAAAAACAACGUCUCUACAACGCAGUUACAGGGUCCUAAAAUAGUGAGUACUUUAUCCUACGAAAAUAUCGUGCAAGAUGUAGCUCUCAUGAAACACUUCACCAGCCUCAAGCCUUCCCAGUUUGAAGUUUUGCAUGAUUUUCUUGACGAUGUUUGCCCCUUAGAGACAAUCAACUACUGGAAAAGCAAAGAUUGCCCAGCAAUGGAGAAUGUAAGAACUGGCCCAAAAGCUGAUUUUUUAUCAAGAGAAAAACUUUUCAUUUGCCUUCUGAGACUAAGAAGGGGUUUUACUCUCAAGACUAUUGCAGCUCAUCUUGGUACCCCAAACAGGAAAAUUAACUUUUCCUAUAUUGGGAAGAUUUUUAUAACAUAUAUUCAGUUGAUGUUUGUAAUUUUUAGAGACAUGCAAAACUUUGUUUCCAGAGAGAGCCCAAUUUAG